ACAGUCCAUGCAGUCAAAGAGUUGGACAUGACUUAGCGAUAGUGUCAUGCAUGAUUGAGUGCAAGGGCUCUGGAGCCAGGCUGCCUGGGUUUGAACCCUGACCCUGCUCCCUGAGCGCUGUGUGAUCCUGGACAAGUCACUUAACCUCUCUGUGCUUCAGCAGUUUCCUCCUUAAAGUGGCUUUUGAUAGUAGCUAGCUCCCGGGUUGUGAGGAUGCUCCCGGGUAGUGUGUACAUGGUGUGUAGAACUGUGAGUGACCCAUGGCAAUGACCUCAUGGAGUAACUAUAAUGUGACAGUGUGUGUACCAUGCCCUGCAUGCCACCCGUACAAGUUCCAGCUGUCCACCCUCAGGCAGGCAUCCUGCUCACCUCAAAGCCCCAGAAGCGGCUUAACUUGCCCUGCUGGGGGGCAGCCAGGGCUCUGUGAGUCUGGGGGUAACUGGGUGAGGAGGGGAUGAGGUUGUUAGGUGUUUUGUUGUUUUUCUUCGGGCAGAAGGAAUCCACGGUGACGUCAGUUAAGACCUUAUUUUGCAGUCGUGAGUUGGAUGGCAGUUUUCCCCUAAGCUCUUUGACCUAUAGACUCAAAGGGGCACUUAAGUGGGGGGGUGCAUCACAGGAGACCAGCGGGCUCCUCCCUCAGGGCAGAGCUGUGCCCAGCUCAGAGAAAGGGCACCGGGCUGAGGUGGUCCUGCCUAAAGUCACAGUCCACUUCUCUGGAUCCCACUGGCUUCCCAGGGGCUAGGUGGACAUUGCAGCAUCUCGGAUCCCCUACAGGGGGCUUCCCACAGGUCUCCAGCGACAAGUGCAAAGUUAUCCACCUGGCAUUGUGAAGACACCAGUGAGAGCUGCCCACAGAGGGCGACAGCAGCCUUCAGCAUCGUGUUUACAUCCUCCCGACAUCAGCCUGAUGGCUGUUUCCCACGGGGAACUGACAUUUCCACUAUACCGCCAACCUUACGAACUAACCUCCAGGGUACCCACCGUGCCUGUCAUGGGAGAGGGAGGACGGAUAAGAGAGAUGGAUAGAUUGGCCCCAGAGGAGGGAUUGGCCUUGAACAAGGAGGACCAAUGUGGAGAAGGAACUGGCCCAUCCCAUCCAAGGAUGGGAAGUGGGUGUGGGUUGCUAGGGAGAGUGAGGGGACUAGAUUAGAGUGACGGCAAAGCAGUGCAUUGGGCUGUGGGCGGGAGGGUCCAGCUGGACUCGGGGCAGCCUUGAAGUUUCAGCAGAACCGCUUGACUUGAUUCUAUAGGAAAUGGCAUGGACUUACAUGGGAAGACAUAUGACUUGUCCUUGGGCUGGAGCCCAGCUAGGAAACUUUCCCAGGUGGAGAGAGGGCAUGGGCAACCCAGGUCUGCAGGGAGACAUGUAACCAGGCUGCAUCCUGCCAGCCCGAUGGCUAAACCAAAUCCUCACGGUGGGGAUUAUCCAUUACUUUUUCUAGUUCUUUCAGAUUCCUAAUCCUCUUGGCCCUGAGCAUGGAUAAUCCAAGGCUUACGUGCACAUGAUUUUUCACAAGCUUUCCCAAGACCUUGGUCUUGUCAGGAGGUGAAACUGAGGCCCUGGUUGGGGCGCUCCGGAGUCACUGAGGACGGGGAGGGAGCGUGUCCAGGCAGCUUCUAAACCUUCAGCUCUUUAGCAUCUUACAGAGAGAGGAGGGAAAGGCUGCAUUGAAGAGAGGAUGUUUGGACAAACAGCCAUCUUAAUGGCUUCUCAAUAGAGCCGCCGCCCUUUACAUUCUGAGCAACCCCCUCCCCUGGGCUGCCUGCUGUUCUGUCUCCCUGGAUCUGAGACUGUGUCCCAUCCCCGGCCAGACCCGAGGACGGAUUCCUGGUUCCUGGUGCGCUCGCCGCUGCCCGUCACCCUCCUGCUGGCCGUCUACCUCCUCCUGGUGGUGGCAGGGCCUCGCCUUAUGUCCAGUCAUGAGCCUCUGAGUCUGGCAGGGCCCCUUGCCGCCUACAACCUGGGCCUGGUGGUUCUCUCGGGGUACAUGUUCUAUGAGCCUUCAAGACCCUUCAUGAGGGAUUUUCCUGGCAGUCCUGUAGUUCAUGGCCACUUUGCUCCUGGCUAACUACAGCUACCUCUGCGACUAUAGCCGGGGCAAGCUUGGGAUGAGGGUAUCUUCUUGCAGGCAGAUGGCGAGCGUGUGCUGGUGGUGCUUCUUCUCAAAGGUCCUUGAAUUACUUGACACAGUCUUCUUUAUAUUACGAAAGAAGCCUGAGCAGAUCACCUUCCUGCACGUCUACCACCAUGGCACCAUGCUCUUCAACUGGUGGGCAGGGGUCAAAUACGUGCCGGGGGGUCAAGCCUUCUUCAUUGGGAUGCUGAACUCUCUGGUCCAUGUCUUCACGUACCUGUACUAUGGACUGGCCAGUCUGGAGCCCCGCCUGCGGCCCUCCUUGUGGUGGAAGCAGCACCUUACAAUCCUGCAGCUGGUGAGAAAGACCUGCUGGCUCCAGGGGCCUCAGUGGAGCCCCAGCUUCUAUUCUCAACUGCACCAGUGACUUGUAAUCUGACCACGAAAAAGUCCUUCUCGUCGCUUCCUUAGCCUCUCAACUUGCAACAUCUCAGCAACCAUCUCGCCAGAUCCUAGCACCGACCCUGACUUCCUGACCUGAUGUGAGGCCCGAAACAAGCGAUUCCGGCCUCAGUCUCAUCUUCCAGUGAAGUGAGGGGGCUGGGCUAGGUACUCCUGGACGGCUAAUGUCCUGCGAGUCUGUGGUCGCUGUUGCAUCCCUGGGGGACUGGGGGACCCUGUUGUUUGGAGAGCAUCAUUGCCAACUGCAGGGUCAGUUUGUGGCCAUUGCCACCCACUCCUCCUACAAUCUCUUUGCUGAGUGCCCCUUCCCCGACAGCUUCAACGUGGCUGUCCUCCUGUACUCCCUCAGCCUCUUGGCCCUUUUCCUCAACUUCUACCAGCAGACAUACCUGAGGAGCAAGCAGAAGAAAUUGGCUUAAGGGGCAGGACCACGGAUGGAAACUAACAGAGCUGUGCCCACAGAGAGCUCAUAUCCCACCUGGGCUGAGCAGAUUCCUCUGGGCCCGAGGCUCAUUCUAUGAGCAAGGACAAGACUCGCCUCUAUUCCAGAGUCCAGGAAGACAGAAGUGGAUUCAGCUUCUUGAACUCACUUCUUAUGUGAAUUUGUCACUGUUUGUACACCUCCUUUCAGAUACACAAUAGAAAGGGUGUAUGUGUGUGUGUGGGGGGGUGCUCAGUUGUGUCCAAUUCUUUUGCAACCCCAUGGACUCUAGCCCACUAGGUUUGUCUGUCCGUGGGAUUCUCCAGGCAAGAAUAUCGGAGUGGUAUGCCAUUGCCUUCUCCAGGAGAUCUUCCCAACCCAUGUUUGUUGUGUCUCCUGCUUUGGCGGGUGGGUUCUUUACCACUGAACCACCUCUGCUAGACAUGAGCCCCACAGGAAGAACUGUCUUAACUCUCCAUGUUCCCCAGACCUGGCACAGCACCUCAAUAAGUAGGCAUUUGGAUCCGUAUCUUGCCCCACUGGUGGUCAUGACCUCUGAUGAAAAGCAGAGCUGGGAGCAUGGAGGAGGUCAAGGCUGGCUUGAUCUCUCACCUUGUGGGUUGAGACAGUGACUGAGAAUAUCCACCCAGGAACUGGGCCUGUGUGAUUUCUAGUAUGGAUGUGCAAACAUUUCCCUUGCAUAUCUCUCUGUUCACUAGUGUCUGCAUAUGUAUUUACCAAGUUGUAUAUUUCUAUGUGUGUGAGUGGGGUCGCAGACGGGGCUACACAUAUAUGUCUGAAUGUGUGUGCUAAGUCACUUCAGUCGUGUCUGACUCUUUGCAACCCUGUGGACUGUAGCCCACCAGGCUACUCUGUCCAUGGGAUUCUCCAGGCAAGAAUACUGGAGUGGGUUGCCAUUGCUCACCACUAGGGGAUCUUCCCAACCCAGGUAUUGAACUCUCGUCUCUGAUGUCUCCCUCUUUGGUAGGCAGGUUCUUUACCACUAGUGCCCCCUGGGAAGCCCCGUAUGUCUGAACACUUGUUUUCAAAUACAUGUAUAUGCUUCCAUUUAUGAUUUUCUUUGUUGGUAUUUUUAAUUGGCUCUUCUGUAAAUCUUGGAAAGUGCCACUCUGGCAAAUAAAAGCUGCUGGGAUCCAUUCUGUCCCAGUGGGAGACACAGAA